AGCAGGAAGUAAAACAUGUAAAGUGUUAUGCUGCUGCAUCGCUUCUCGUUGAUCUCAAUUCCUCAUCGCGUGUUUGUUCUUGACGUCCUGUGUGACCACGAGCGGCUGGCCGUGUUGUGUUCGUGCUCUGCGAGGCACACGGCAUGCUAACCCCUCUGUCUUUGGAGCAAAGGAAAUCCAGGGACACGCUGCACACCGAUGCUGAUGAUUAGUCCCAGAAUGGCCUCAGGAAUGCAAGAGAAACAGUUCACGCCAUCCCUGCUCAAUUUUUUCGUUUACAACCCCACAUUCGGGCAAAAGGAAGGAGAGGAAGAGAAGAAGAUCUUGUUUUACCACCCGAGUGAUGUGGAGAAGAAUGAGAAGAUCAGAAAUGUGGGCCUUUGUGAGGCCAUCGUUCAGUUCACAAGGACCUUCUGUCCAACAAAACCAGCGAAAUCCCUGCACACACAGAAGAACCGUCAGUUCUUCUUUGAGGCCGAGGACAAUUUCUGGAUGGUCAUGGUUGUUCGGAACCCGAUGAUCGAGAAGCCGAACAAAGAUGGCAAACCUCCCACAGUCGAAUAUCAGGAAGAGGAAAUAAUUGACACUGUGUACAGUGCAGUGGUGAAGCAAUGCUACAGCAUGUACAAGCUCUUCAACGGUACGUUCAGCAGACAGAUGGAAGCCGGCGGCGUGGAGCUGCUGAUCCAGAAGCUGGAGAAGUUCUUCUACAGGUAUCUGCAGACGCUCCACUUGCAGUCCUGCGACCUGCUCGACGUGUUCGGCGGCAUCAGCUUCUUCCCGCUGGACAAGAUGACCUACCUGAAGAUCCAGUCCUUCGUCAACCGGGUGGAGGAGAGCCUCAGUCUCGUCAAAUACACCGCCUUCCUGUACAACGACCAGCUCAUAUGGAGCGGACUGGAACAAGACGAUAUGAGGAUCCUGUACAAGUACCUGACCACCUCGCUGUUCCCCAGACACUCUGAACCAGAGUUGGCUGGCAGGGACUCUCCUCUGAGGCCGGAGGUCGCAGGGAAUCUGUUGCACUAUGGGAGGUUUCUGACGGGACCGACUAAUCUCAAAGAUCCAGAGGCCAAAUUCCGAUUUCCUAAAAUAUUCGUGAGCACAGAGGACGGCUACGAGGAGCUGCAUCUGAUCGUAUAUAAGGCGAUGAGCGCGGCGGUUUGUUUCAUGAUCAGCGCGUCUGUGGAGCUGACGAGGGACUUCUGCGAGCAGCUGGACGGCCUGGUGGGCCCUCAGCUCACGCUGCUGGCGUCUGACAUAUGUGAACAGUUCACCGUUAACCGCAGGAUAUCGGGUCCAGAGAAGGAGCCCCAGUUUAAAUUCAUCUACUUCAACCACAUGAACCUGGCGGAGAAGAGCACCAUCCACAUGAGGAAGACGGCCAGCGUUUGCCUCACCUCGGUUCACCCCGACCUCAUGAAGAUCCUCGGAGACAUCAACUGUGACUUCGCCAGGAUCGACGAGGACGAAGAAAUCAUCGUAAAGGCGAUGACGGACUACUGGGUAGUCGGCAAGAAGUCGGACCAGAGAGAACUGUACGUGAUCCUGAAUCAGAAGAACGCCAACCUGAUCGAAGUGAACGAGGAAGUGAAGAGGCUUUGUGCGACGCAGUUCAACAACAUUUUCUUUUUGGACUGAUGGGAGCUGUCAGACGGUUUCACCACACUAAAAACUGUCACUGUUGCAGGGUAUCAUUGACAGCAUCAGUGUAAUGCAAUAAUUGCAUUGUAAAAUAAAAUAAAAACUCAAAGCUUUCUAACCAA